CAAAAACCGAUCUUUUUUCCGCAAAAGCUUCUUUUUCUUUAAAAAUUCAAUAUUUUUACUAAAAAAAGAUAUUUUUAAUAACAAAAUUAAACUCAGAAUUUUAAGAAACUGAUUACUGCUUCAAAUUCCUCGACCUCGAUUACCUUUAAUCAAACUUUUAAAAAAAUUAUUAUUUUUCAAACAUGCCCUUUCCUUGACAAGAGAAAUCAAACUCGAAAUUUUUGAGAAAUCGACUGAAGAUUCGGAUUCUUCGACCCCGAUUCCUUUUGUUCAAACUUUAUAAAAUAUCGUCAUUUUUAGAAAAUACCCUUUCCUUGACAAAAAGAUCAAACUCAAAAUUUUCAGAAACUGAUCGCAGAGUUAGAUUCCUUAACCUCGAUUACCUUGGGUCAAACUUUAUAAAAAUCCAUGAUUUUUAUGAAAUUGCCUUUCCUCCGGUGAAUUCGGAAAGCUUCUAUUGAAAGUGAAAGGAAUGUAUGUUGCGUUCCGUUCCCCGUUCCCAGGAACGGGAACGCAAUGGCGUUCCCCGUUCCCAAGAACGGGAACGCAAUAGCAUUCCCCGUUCCCAAGAACGGGAACGCAAUAGCGUUCCCCAUUCCUGGGAACGGGAACGUGGUAGCGUUCCCCGUUCCUAAGAACGGGAACGCGGAACACCCAAAGAUAAAAAAGCAAGCGAACACAUCUAGAUACCUCACCAUGUUGAAAUAAAGCUGGAAAAUGCGACUUUGAGAUGCGUUCCCGUUCCUGGGAACGGAACGCUGAGGAACGGGGAACGCUGACACCCCUGGUGCACAGCUUUAAUAGAUAAGCCUAUAACUCAGUACUGUCUAAACAGCAAAUAUUGAGUUUUCAAUCAAACAAUUCUCCUUUUUUUAUUCUACUUGAAAAUCGAUCAUAAGCAUUCAUACAUACUAUAUCGUAAUUUAUGCUCAAAUAAGAUAUCAGUGAUGUUCUAUCACUGUCACUUGUCUAAGAGUCUUAUGCAUUUGAACUGGAACACAAGAAUGAGAAAGAUUGUAUUAGAGAGCAAAACAAAGGAAUAAUGGGUGGUUAACCGAAAAUAUUGCGAUGAAUAAUUUUGAAUCCAACAAAACAGUUAAAACAAAACAAUCGUUGUUAACAAAGUUGAGAAUUUGACUAAAAAACAUUUCUCGUCUUGUAACAAAUCCUAUUUUCAUGAACAGACAAAGUUUCUGUCUCUAUUUCAGACUACCCAUUACGUUCUCCGUCCAGAACCAACAUUCAUCCGAAUGCUCGAUGGCAACAGAAUAGUAUCACUGUGGCUGGAGGAAAUCGACAAGGCAAUGGAAUCAAUCAACUCUCUGACCCAUGGGGUUUGUAUGUUGAUGAUGAUCAAACUGUGUAUGUCGCUGAUUGGUCGAAUCAUCGUAUUGUGGAAUGGAAAUGGGGUGCGACGAGUGGCCAAGUGGUUGCCGGUGGAAAUGGACAAGGAAGUGGGGCUCACCAGUUGUCUUACCCACAAGAUGUGAUUGUCGACAAAGAGAGAGAUAGUCUCAUCAUCUGCGAUCGUUCGAAUAGAAGAGUGGUUCGAUGGCCUCGUCGAAAUGGGACAAGUGGAGAAACAAUCAUCUCGAACAUCGAUUGUGUGGGUUUGACAAUGGACGAGAAUGGAUCUCUCUAUGUCACUGACAAUGGAAAAGGUGAAGUGAGACGAUAUCGAAGAGGAGAAUCUCAAGGAACAGUGGUUGCAGGUGGCAAUGGAAGUGGAAAUCGUCUCGAUCAACUCUCUGACCCACGAUACGUAUUCGUCGAUCGAGAUCAUUCAGUAUACGUGUCUGAGUAUGGAAAUGAUCGUGUGAUGAAAUGGGUGGAAGGUGCAAAACAAGGCACUGUCGUGGCUGGUGGUCAAGGACAAGGAAAUGAUCUUAGACAAUUGUAUUAUCCUCAAGGAGUCGUUGUCGAUCAAUUGGGCACUGUCUAUGUGGCUGAUGCAGGGAAUGAUCGCAUCAUGCGUUGGCCCAAAGGAGCCACACAGGGAAGUGUCAUUGUUGGUGGAAACGGUAGAGGAGGACAAUCCAACCAACUCUAUGAGCCCAUCGGUUUGUCAUUCGAUCGACACGGCAAUCUCUAUGCCGUCGAGUGCGGAAAUCAUCAAGUACACAAAUUCAAUGACAAUUCAAAUGCAUAG